AUGAAUCCCCAUGUUGGGCGCUUAUUGGUUCCUAUUAUUGUCCUUCCAAUUUGUUUCCAAGGGUAUCUGAAAGCGUAUUUGGCGAACCAAAUAAAAUGGUGUGCUGCGGAUCCCAGAUUUGGAAUUGCUGUGUCAAAGAUAAUUGCAACUCUGUGUUGUAUCACAGCUGCAAAAGUGGAGACCCGAAGAUUAGGUGUGGUGAGGAGUGAGGGUUUGAUCGAGGACGACGACAAGGACACGAAAACAAUUUCCAUGACCAUGUUUUGGUUGGUUCCACAGUUUCUUCUUCUCGGAUUAGCUGAAGAGCUUUCAGAGAAGAGCAUUGUUUGUUUCUUCACUGAUAAGCUGGAAAUUAAAACCCCGGAGGAAGACAAGGCAACAAAAGAGUCCAAGAAUAUGUACAUGAAAAUAUUUGCUCAAGCGGUUAGUGGAGUGGGAAUUAUAUGUGGUGUGUUGUCAGUUUAUGCAGUGGGUGAGACAAGUGCAAGGGUGGGAGGGUCCAGUUGGUUCCAGUUCACGCUAAACAGGAGUCGUUUGGACAAUUACUAUUGGACCUUGGCUGCAUUGACUGCAAUUAAUCUUGUGCUGGAUCUUUUGGUGAGAUGUGUAGUCUUUAGGGACUGA